GCUAGCAAGCGCUAUUUCACGGCCAGGAAGCCUACACAUGAGUUCCGGCGGCACCGGGAAGGAGGCGAAGAAAUUGGGUUUAUCGUCUGUUUAAGGAGUAUUCUGACGACAUGGCGGACGAGGAAGAGUUCCCACAGGUCAUUCCCCUGAAUGUCGGAGGUCAUGCCUUCACCACGACCCUGAUGACCUUGAGGCGACACGAGGACUCCAUGUUGGCGGCAAUGUUCUCCGGGCGUCACCGUGCUACCCAGGAUGCCGAGGGGCGGUACUUCAUCGACCGGGAGGGCACGUACUUCAUCCACAUCUUAAACUUCCUGCGUAGCGAGACGCUACCGCCUUACGACAUCUCCGCUCAGGUGUACAGGGAAGCGCUGUUUUACGGGAUCCUGCCGCUUAUGGAGCAGCUCGGGGAGCACAUCCGCCAUCAGUUCCUCUCCCAGAUCCCCAGCUACACCGAGAACCUGGAGCGCAUGAUCGAGCACGCCAGGAAGGAGGCCAUGUCCGCGUAUGGACGCUACUCCAAAGUCCCCGUCUGUAUCUUCAAAAACGCCUUCGAACAGGUCAAAGCGAGACAAGAGGAUCCUGACUUGGAUCCAACCAUUGCGGAGGAAUACGUAGAGGAACAUGAAUGUAAGGAACAAGAAGGAAUCGCGAGUUUCGGACCGUGGGUGGGGAUACCGACGGAAGGAGAUCUUAUAGAGUGUAUAAUUCUGGACCUGGCAGACAAGGGGUACAAGUGUAUUAAUGAGUAUGAGGCAGGCGGGGCACCAACGUGUAAAAAGUUUUGGGUCGUGGAGAAGCCAGAGUCUUUUGCUGAUGCCUCGGCAUCGAGAAAAAGCAAGAUUGUCUGCAAGAAGAGACUUUAUCACUUCAGGUUCAAAUGGUGGUGAAGGGAAGUUACUGUCUGCAUAUAGAGUAAGAUGUUCUGGCUCAGAAUCUGAGAGUGUUUUUCUGUUCAUAACAGAUGAAACAUGAAUGUUUUCUUGGUGCUUUCCACAGAUUCAAUCUGUCUUCUGAUCACACCUUCAUUUCUUUCAGAUUUGCAAAAAAACACGUUUGACUAGUCUGCCUUAAGCUUUUUCAGUUUUUUCUGUCCCGGACUGUGCUUCAUUGAUUUCCUGAAAAAUUUGAGAAGUAACAAAUCAAAUUAUUCUGCACUGAGAACCCACUUGGUGAUAGAUAAUGGUAGAGAAUAUGUACAUGUACUUUACUCAGAAUUAUGUAGAUUGUUUCACAAGGUUUAUGAAUUAUGACAUUGACAAGGAAAUUAAAUCAAGGGAACAUUGCACAAUGUAAAAUAAAUGGGAACAACUGGAUAAGUCAUUUUUUUGUUUCAAAUGGUAACAGUUACAUUAUUUCUCUUCAGACUCAUUCUCAGUCACUGAUGAUACUAUUAACGUUAGAUGUUAUCUGAAAUGUCCGACCUAAAUAUUGUUUGUAUUCUUUGAGGACUGGUCUAGUCUUGUGAUCAAUAAAAGUGACCCUUGUAUUCA